AUGUCGAAAUCGCCAUGGGGCAAAAUCGGCAACUGGGCCGCCGAGGCCGAGCGCGCGGAGGCCGAGGAGCGGGAGGCUGCGGAGAAAGCCGCCGCCUCGAACCCUCCGGCGAGCUUCCCCAGCCUGAAGGAGUCCGUGACGACGGCGAAGCAGAAGAAGAAGACGAAAAUGUCCCUGCAGGAGUUCACGAUGAAGUCGUCUUCCACCCAUUCAGGCUCGGUCUCGAGCCGCGGCCUGACGCCGGAGGAAUUUCUCCGCCUCCCGACCGGCCCCAAGGAGAGGUCCCCCGACGAAAUGCAGCACGGCAGAUUGGGUGGCGGGUUCAGCAAUUACGGGUCUCGUCCCGGAUCCGGAGGCCCUAACACUGGUCGUCCCCGUGAGUACGACGGCCGGAGGUCGUACGGGUUCGAUGAUGACAAUCGCAGGGCCCCCCCGCCGGAAUCUAGGGUUUCUGAUUUGAAUCAACCUUCCCGAGCUGACGAGGUUGAUAAUUGGGCUUCGAUGAAGAAGCAAACCCUACCCGAUUACGAUUCGCGUCAGGAUAGACCCGGCGGAAGGUACAGCUCGCUCGCCCGGCCCAGGGAGGAGGUCUUGGCCGAGAAGGGGUUGGAUUGGAAAAAGCUGGAUUUGGAGGUCGAAGUGAAGAAUCAGUCUUCAGUUAGCGGUGGGAGCCGGCCCAUGAGCUCGCACUCGAGCAGGCCCGGGAGCCAGCAAUCAAGCAGGUCAGAUGUGCCUACGGCUUUGGGGGGUGAAGUGGUAGUUAAAGAAAGACCAAAAGUGAAUCCUUUUGGGAAUGCUAAGCCUAGAGAAGUCUUGCUCGAGGAAAAGGGUUUGGAUUGGAAAAAAAUCGAUCUUGAGCUGGAUAAUAGACGGGUCGAAAGGCCGGAAACAGAGGAAGAAAAGAAUCUCAAGGAACAAAUCAAACACCUGAAAAAUGAACUGCUGGAAAAUCCUGUCGAAGACCAAAGCGCCAAACACGAUCUGAUAUCUCAAAAGGAACGUGAUUUGGAACUGCUUGUCCGCCAGCUGGACGACAAAGUCCGUUACAGUCAAAAGAUAUUCGAAAGGAAAACUUCUCGACCGGGAUCACAAGAUGGGCAGUCUAGAGCUGGCUCUAUCGACCGGCCUGCUUCUGUGCAUGGAAAAUACGAAGAACCCAAUAGACCACCUUCUCAGCCUGGUUCUUAUGAGAAUUCUAGAGAGAGACAUUUUUCGAGGCAGGGAGCUUAUGAGGAGCCUAGGCUCGGGUUUAGGCAUGGAGGGUUUGAGGACCCUAGAGGUUUGGAGUACAAUGAGAGGCCACGGUCUCGUGGUUCCGGGAAUGACAGAAGAUCAUUUGGGGGGAGAGGAUUUGCUGGCAGCCGAGAGAUAGACAGGUCAGGGUCAAGGUGGUAA